AUGGGCAUCAUUGAAGAACUUCAUACUGAUUCUGAGGUGAAGAUAUUUUGCUCCAGAAAUAUCCUGGCCAUCCUUGGCUUCUCCUGCAUUAUAGCUGUGAUAGCUUUGAUCGCUGUGGGGCUGACUCAGAACAAACCAUUGCCAGAAAAUGUCAACUAUGGGAUUGUGCUGGAUGCAGGCUCUUCUCACACAAGUUUGUACAUCUAUAAGUGGCCAGCAGAAAAGCAAAAUGACACAGGGGUGGUGCAUCAGGUAGAAGAAUGCAAGGUAAAAGGUCCUGGAAUCUCAAAAUAUGUUCAGAAUAUAAAUGAAUUACAUAGUGUCCUGAAUGAAUGCAUGGAAAGAGCCAGGGAUGUGAUUCCGAGGUUACAGCACCAAGGGACACCUGUUUACCUGGGAGCCACGGCAGGCAUGCGGUUGCUCAGGAUGGAAAAUGAACAGUUGGCGGAUAGGGUCAUGGCUGUGGUGAUGAAGUGCCUCAGCAACCAGCCCUUUGACUUCCGGGGUGCCAGGAUUAUCACUGGCCAAGAGGAAGGUGCCUAUGGGUGGAUUACUAUCAACUAUCUGCUGGGAAAAUUUGUUCAGAAAUCAAGUUGGCUCAACCUUAACCCAGAAGAAGACAAUGGUCAGGGAACCUAUGGAGCUUUGGACCUUGGGGGAGCCUCUACACAAAUCACUUUUGUGCCCCAAAACCAGACUAUCGAGUCCCCAGCAAACGCUCUGCAAUUUCGCCUCUAUGGCAAGGACUACAGUGUAUAUACACACAGCUUCCUGUGCUAUGGGAAGGAUCAAGCACUCUGGCAGAAACUGGCCAAGGACAUUCAGGUUGCAAGUAAUGGAAUUCUCAGGGACCCAUGCUUUCAUGCCGGAUAUCAGAAGGUUGUGAAUGUAAGUGACCUUUACAAGACCCCCUGCACCAAGAAAUUUGAGAAGACUCUUCCAUUCCAUCAGUUUGAAAUCCAGGGUAUUGGAGACUAUCAACAGUGCCAGCAAAGCAUCUUUGAGCUCUUCAACACCAGUUACUGUCCUUACUCACAGUGUGCCUUUGAUGGGAUUUUCUUGCCAGAAGUCCGAGGGAAUUUUGGGGCAUUUUCAGCUUUUUAUUUUGUGAUGAACUUUUUAAACCUGACAUCAGAGAAAGUCUCUUCUCAGGAAAAGGUGAUUGAGAUGAUGGGAAAUUUCUGCUCCAAGUCUUGGGAGGAGAUAAAGAAAUCUUUUGCUGGAGUAAAGGAGAAGUACCUGAGCGAAUACUGCUUUUCUGGUACCUACAUCGUCUCCCUCUUUCGGCGAGGCUAUCAUUUCACAGCCAAUUCCUGGGAACACGUUCACUUUAUGGGCAAGAUCCAGGGCAGUGAUGCUGGAUGGACUUUGGGCUACAUGCUGAACCUGACCAACAUGAUUCCAGCUGAGACACCGGCGUCCAGACCUCUCUCCCACUUCACCUAUGUCUGCCUCAUGGUCUUCUUCUCCCUGAUCCUGAUUGCAGGGAUCAUCACAGGCUUGUUUAUCUUUCACAAGCCUUCGUAUUUCUGGAAAGAAAUGGUAUAGCAGGAGCAGCUAAAAUCUGCUGGCUGGAGUGAGAAAAAAAACUUUCCAGGGAGCAUUUUCCUCCACAGGAGUGUACAAGGUCAUUCUUCCCUGCUCACCAGGGCCAGUCUUGAACAGCCUGAAGCUUCCUUGGCUCUUGCUGAAGCCUUUCUCUGGAAGGUAUUUACCACCCUUGCUUAAAGGACUUGCCAAAAGACACUGUCUCUUUUGUGAGUCUUUCCCAAUUACCCUGUUUCUCCUUUGUACUCUGUGCUUCUAUAGGUCUUAAAGACCUGCCACCUCUUAUGAUCCUGCUUUAUAAAUGAACAAUAUUGACUUUGUCUAGAAGAAAUGAGAGUCCUGAGUCCUGUGCUGGGAAGUUGAGCUGGCUAAAAGAAGAAUCUCAGGAACUGGUUCAGUUGUACUCUUUAAGAAUCCUUUUCUUUCUCCUGUUUCCCAUUUGUUAAGAAAGCCAUACAAUGCCUCUGAAGAGGGCAGACACACAUUGCAUUCCUAGCCUGCUUUUUGGAUAGGAGAAUUUUCUAGAAUAGGCAAAUAUGUGCUAAGGCCAAAGAGUUUUCCAAGGGAAUAUAUGUGCUUAUGCAGUUAAUACAAUUCUUAAUCUCAUCCAAAGCAGGAAUGUGAAUGAGUCACAUAUUUCUGGGUGAUGCUAAAAUGCUACAGAAUGGAACACUUAGACCAGAGAUUCUUAAAAAUCAGAUGUACAUAUAGGCAUUCCAAUAUCAGAUUAUACUAUAUGGUAGGUAUAUAUGUGUCAGGAAGAAAAAUACAGUUACAACUCAGGGUUGGGAAAAUGCACCCUUCAAUGCAUCUUUUGGGGUUUUGCUAUUAUUAUUUUUAUUAAUAAAAAACCAAAUAA